CCUAUAUACUAUUUUAUGGUUGACUAAAAUAUUUUUAUUACAUUUAAACAAAUUUUGUUACAUUUAAAUUACUAGAAUUCUAGAUCUAAUCAUUCCCUUAAUUAAUAAUUGCGAUACAGUUAAUAAUUCAUUAUAUUGUGUAUCAUAUUAAUAUAUGUAUCGUUAAUAAUUCAUUAUAUUGUGUAUCAUAUUAAUAUAUAUACACAUUCUGCAUAGCUUCACAAUUCGCCAUAAAGGUUGCUUUUCUCUUCUCUCUCGAACCCAACGUUAAAAGUACCAAACCCCUAAUCAACAAACAUGUUGCGUUUAGUCAUACUCUCUUUAACUCUCAUUGUUCUCAUCAACUCAUCAAACAUCCCGGGAACAACAGCAACCCCACCAGCCAAAUACCAAAACUACAAAACAUACGUAAAAACAGCAUGCAACUCAGCAACAUACCCUACAAUGUGCUACAACUCAUUGUCCUCCUACUCAUCAACCAUCAAAUCCGACCCAAUCAAACUCUGCAUAACAUCUCUCAACAUCAACCUUAAAUCCGCCAAAAAAGCCUCGUCCGUCGUCUCUAGCCUUCUCAAAAAGGCCAAAGCAGCCUCCAGCCCUGAGGUUCCGAUCCUCAAGGACUGCCUUGAGGAGAUGAAGGAUACUGUCGACGAGCUCAAGCAAGCGACAGCCGAGAUGAAGAAUCUAAACGGCGGAGGAAUCUCAAAGGAGGAGCAUCUAAGGAACGUGAAAACGUGGGUGAGCUCGGCGUUGACAGACGAGAGCACGUGUACAGACGAGUUAGAGGAAGGAGAAGUGAAUGCGGACACGAAGAAGAAGGUGAAGAGAGCUGUUUCUGAGCUUUCAUGGACUACAAGCAAUACUUUGGCCCUGAUGACUAAUUACCUAGGUUACUGAAAUUAACCAUUGUAUUCACGUCUUAUCUUUGCAUGUGCAUGUGUACGUUUUCUUUCUUUUCUUUCUUUUUGUUUGUUUGUUUGUUAAAGGUAGACGUUUUGUCUUGUUUUCUUUAUG